AUGGCCGAGGAGAACACAGCUCAGCACGUCCCUAUGGAUGUUCCUCUUCCCCCUGUACCCACGCGAGCCAUCUUCACCACGACACAAUGGAGGACCCUUCUAGCUCUGGCCGACGCCGUAAUUCCCUCCAUCCGUUCCCCCGUCAUGUACAAGUCCAAGGCGACCAAGAUAGUCACUUCACAAGAGAUGGAGCAGGCUCGUGCGACCUUGAUCUCCCGAAUCCCUAGCCCUGACGCGGCUACAAUCGCCGGCCAGUAUUUACGAGAGUCUGCUUCCUCCAAUAACACGUUCCGCGAGAGCCUGCAACGUCUGUUCUCGUUCUAUGUUCACGACGAAGGGUUGAAUGGAAUCAAGUUCAUUCUGAAUGCCCUUAAUACGCGACCCGGCUCUCUCCUUUUGACAGGAUCGCCAAUCUUGAUCCGGGACCAGUCCGUCGAUGUGCGUGAAGAGGUCUUCCGAAGCUGGGAAACUGCCCGGCUUAAACCACUCCGAGCUGUCUACCGGGCCUUGUCUGCCAUCUUCAAGAAGACCUGGAUCUCAACUAGUCCAACUCUGAACCUAGCCCUCGGUUUCCCUCGAGUCCCAGUCUACGGUAAGCCUGUAGACGGCUUCAAGUAUGAAUUCUUGCAAUUCCCUCCAGGUGACGAUCUCGAGAUCAUCGAGACCGACGUCAUCAUCGUCGGUAGUGGCUGCGGUGGGAGUGUUGCGGCCAAGAACCUUACCGAGGCUGGGUAUAGGGUAAUGGUAGUGGACAAGUCAUAUCACUACACGUCCAACCACUUUCCCAUGGAUGCCAACGAGGGCUUCAUCAGCAUGUUUGAGGCAGGCGGUGGUAUUGUCAGCGAUGAUGGGUCCACGGUCGUUCUGGCGGGGUCCACUUGGGGUGGCGGUGGCACAGUCAACUGGUCCGCUGCUUUGCAGACGCAGGGAUACGUACGUCAGGAGUGGGCAAAAGACGGACUGUCAUUUUUCACCAGCCAAGAGUUUCAGAAGUGCUUGGAUCGUGUCUGCGACCGGAUGGGUGUGGGAAUCGAACAUAUCGAACACAACAAGGCCAAUCGCCUAAUCCUCGAAGGCGCUCGCCGACUGGGCUAUUCCGCCAAAACGGUGCCCCAGAACACAGGCCAGAGCCUACAUUACUGCGGUUACUGUACUUUGGGCUGUCACACAUGCGGCAAGAAAGGUCCUACGGAAACGUUUCUUGCCGAUGCCUCUCGAGGAGGAGCUACGUUCAUUGAAGGCUUCCGCGCGGACAAGAUUUUGUUUGAGCAGAAACCAUACGGAACAGUGGCCUCGGGCGUGGAGGGAACAUGGACCUCGAGGGAUUCGUAUCUAGGGCUGACGGGGCUUGGUGCUGUCAAGAGAAAAGUGGUCAUCAAGGCGAAGCGGGUAGUUGUGUCCUGCGGCUCCUUGCAAAGCCCUCUGCUACUCAUGCGCAGUGGAUUGAAGAACCGGCGCAUCGGCCGGAAUCUCCAUCUUCACCCAGUUGUUGUUGCGGGCGCCGUCCUCAAUGAAGAAGUUCGACCUUGGGAAGGAUCCGCGUUGACCACGGUCGUUAACGAGUUCGAGAACCUCGAUCAAAAAGGCCAUGGCGUCAAGAUCGAGGCAUUGUCCAUGUUGCCUUCUGCCUAUCUUCCCCUCUUCCCCUGGCGGGGCGGACUUGAUUACAAGUUAUGGGUGCUCAAUCUUGCUCGAAGCGUUGGGUUUAUCACGCUCACUCGGGACCGAGACGGUGGACGAGUGUACCCAGAUCCUGUGGAUGGAAGAUGCCGAAUCGAAUAUACGCCUUCUGCUUAUGACCGUAAGCAUAUGCUAGAGGCACUUAUCGGCGCUGCCCACAUUGCGUUUGUUGCCGGUGCCAAGGAGUUUCAUACGACCUGGCGAGAAUUGGCCCCAUACAUCCGCCCUGAGAUGGCACCUGCGGAGGCUGCAGAAGGCACCAACAGUGCAUCUUUCCAAGCGUGGCUUGCUGAUAUACGUGCCCACAAGGUGCCGCUUGCUCCCGAGCGGACACAGUUUGCCAGUGCUCACCAGAUGGGAACCUGUCGAAUGGGCACCAGCCCUAAGACCAGUGUGGUCGAUCCGGACUGUCAAGUGUGGGAGACUCGGAGCCUAUACGUGGUGGAUGCGUCGGUGUUUCCCAGUGCUAGCGGUGUCAAUCCUAUGAUCACCAAUAUGGCGAUUGCCGACUGGGCCAGUCGGAACAUUGCUAAAUCGCUGGGAGACAGUCGUGAAGUACACCCGAUGGCCAGGCUGUGAGCUAUUUGAGUCUGUUUGUGUCAUGGGCGUUUCGGGGCUGGCCCCUCUUAUUGUUAUGUUCAUCCCGCUUUGUGAUUCAUGAAUGAUAG